CCGCCGGAGGCGGCGGCGGCAGCGGCGGCAGGAUGAAGUUCGCCGAGCACCUCGCGGCGCACAUCACCCCCGAGUGGCGGAAGCAGUACAUCCAGUAUGAGGCUUUGAAAGAGAUGCUAUAUGCAGCUGUGGACCAGGCCCCUUCUAUAGAAGACACAGAUGAGGACACGGUGAAAAGAUGUUUUGCCACGUUUGAAGAGAAAUUCUUCCAAACCUGUGAGAAAGAACUUGCCAAAAUCAACAUUUUCUAUUCAGAGAAGCUUGCGGAAGCGCAGCGCAGGUUCACCACGCUCCGCACCGAGCUGCAAUCCACCCUGGAGGCGCAGAAGGAGGCCAGCGGGGCCUCCACGCUGCCGCGGCGCCGCAAACCCGUCUUCCACCUGUCCCACGAGGAGCGGGUCCAGCACAGGAACAUCCGAGACCUGAAAUUGGCCUUCAGCGAGCUCUACCUCAGCCUCAUCCUGCUGCAGAACUAUCAGAACCUGAACUUCACCGGCUUCCGCAAGAUCCUGAAGAAGCAUGACAAGAACCUGGAGACGACACGGGGGGCGGAGUGGAGGGUGGCCGAGGUGGAGGUGGCUCCCUUCUACAUCUGCAAGAAGAUCAACCAGCUUAUCUCCGAAACAGAGGAACUGGUGACCAACGAGUUGGAAGAUGGAGACAGACAGAAGGCAAUGAAACGUCUGCGUGUUCCACCCUUAGGAGCAGCUCAGCCUGUGCCAGCCUGGACUACAUUCAGGGUUGGAUUGUUCUGUGGGUUGUUCAUUGCACUGAACGUCACUGUCAUACUUUCAGGUGUGGCUUUUAUAGAUGGACCAAAUGUGUGGCCACUGGUGAGAAUCUAUCGAGGUGGCUUUCUCCUGAUAGAAUUCCUCUUUCUCCUGGGUAUCAACACCUAUGGCUGGAGACAGGCUGGAGUCAACCACGUCCUCAUCUUCGAGCUCAACCCCCGCAGCAACUUGUCCCAUCAACAUCUCUUUGAGAUUGCUGGUUUCCUGGGUGUUUUGUGGUGCCUGAGCCUGCUGGCAUGUAUAUAUCGUCAAUUCACCUACAUCCCCAUGCAGGUGAACCCACUCAUCUUGUAUGGCUUCAUGUUGCUUUUCCUCAUCAACCCUACCAAAACCUUAUAUUACAAGUCCCGUUUUUGGCUGCUCAAACUAUUGUUUCGAGUAUUCACUGCUCCCUUCCACAAGGUAGGCUUCGCAGAUUUCUGGCUGGCUGACCAGCUCAACAGCCUGGUGGUGAUACUUAUGGAUUUGGAAUACAUGAUCUGCUUCUACAGCUUUGAGGUUCAGUGGGAGGACAAUGCUGGACUUCUGGCAGAUACAGAUAAUCAGAUUUGUAACAGCUACUCCUACGGAGUGAGAGCAGUUGUCCAGUGCAUCCCUGCUUGGUUGCGAUUCAUCCAGUGCCUGCGCCGUUACCGCGAUAACAAACGGGCCUUUCAUCUGGUUAAUGCUGGAAAAUAUUCCACCACCUUCUUCGUGGUGACAUUUGCAGCCCUCUACAGCACUCACAAAGCUAAAAACCACAGUGACACCCAAGUGUUCUUCUACCUGUGGAUUAUCUUCUGUUUCAUCAGCUCUUGCUAUACCCUCAUUUGGGACCUGAAGAUGGACUGGGGUCUCUUUGACAAAAAUGCUGGUGAAAAUACCUUUCUCCGAGAAGGAAUUGUCUACCCACAGAAAGCGUACUACUAUUGUGCCAUUGUAGAAGAUGUCAUCCUGCGUUUUGCGUGGACCAUCCAGAUCUCCCUCACUUCCAUGCAAAUCUUUCCCUACGCUGCAGACAUCAUUUCUACUGUGUUUGCCCCACUUGAGGUGUUCCGGCGGUUUGUGUGGAACUUCUUCCGCCUGGAGAACGAGCACCUGAACAACUGCGGGGAGUUCCGUGCCGUGAGGGACAUCUCGGUGGCGCCACUCAACGCCGACGACCUGACGCUCCUGGACCAGAUGAUGGACCAGGAGGACGGCGUGCGCAACCGCCGCAAGAGCAAGCAGUGGAAGCGCAGCCUGAGCGUGUCCCUGCGCCGGCCGCGCCUCGGCACACAGUCGAAGGCUUCUGACACAAAGGUAUUGAUAGAGGACCUAGCAAAUGAAGUGAACACAUGAGAUGGCCACGUUCUCUUAUUCCACAUCCUUUGUUUUCUCGUUCUGUUCCCCUCUUCCCCAAGUAACCCGAGCUCUGGUACAGAUCCAGCUGAAAACAGGAGAAAACACUGAACACGUUUUCUGAGCUCUUCCAGACCAGAUCCUAUGGACUCCAGCAAGCUCACUGUGUUUUGUUUCUUUUCUUCUGGGUUAAUUUUAAUGUUCUAUUUUAAACAAACAAACAAACAAACAAAAAUAAAAUAUUUUACUUUGUUUUGCCAAUAAAGAGGACAGUUCAGGAAAGAAGGAUUGUUUACAGUCUCAACAAGGACAUACAAACCUUAUCUGGAUAACGAAGCAUCAUAGGGACUCCCUCAUGGGACAGUGCCAAGAGCACACUCAGUUUCUGCUUGGCCCGGUUUUGACUGGUUGAAACCGGACUUUUUAAAUCUGAUAUUUUUGUUGUUGAUUUUAUUUUUCAGUUGUUUGGGUUUUUUUUCCUUCAUAUCCAGCGCUGAGGCACUGGCUGCACUUGCAGGGAAAGUGCACUUAGAGCAGUAUCUUCAUUCAUGAAGCUACUUUUUAAUUUGAUGUAACUUUUCUUAUAAUUUUUUGGAAAUAUGAUGUAUCUGUUGCAUAUAGUUUUCACAUUAUUUAUGAAACUUAACAACCAUAUGAGAGUGAUUUUGAGUCCUGUGCAAUGACGGUUGUAAUGGUAAAACAAAGUGGGGAAUGUAGAUUUCCAUCUCCAGGGUUGUGGGGUGAUGCCCCCUGCAAAUACCCCUUCAGUGAGACAACUUGCACCUGUGUGUACCUUCUCUCUCUUUUAUUUCUUUUCAAUUUUAUUUUAAACCAAAGUUUCUCUUUGUGAUAUUUUUUUAGUUGCUGCUGCUGCUUCUGGGCAUGUCUGUCAUGCCAGUUCAAAGCCAACUUCUCCAUGUGUGAAAGUAGUGCAGAUGAUCCUAAGGAAAGGAGAGUUGGUUCCCACCAACAGCACAAACCACUGAGCGAGCAAAGGCUUUGGAACUUCAUUCUCCAGAUCCAAAAAUACUUUUCCAAGCCUUAGGUGUGUCAUGAGGGCGUCUCAGUCCGAGCAGAGAGCUUUUCAGGAGUUCUCCAGCAGCCCAGCAAGGUGGGACAAGGCAAGGAGGUGACAGUUCUCAUGGGACAGAGGGGGUUCAUCAGGCUGGGGCUUAGGAGUGGUGGUGUGUUUCAGGGAGCAUGGAAAGAACUGUGGUGUCCUGAUGGGGAAGGUGAGAUGGAAACAGCUCUUCUGGGGCUCCUGGUUUAGCAAAAAGCCUCUGUUGGGCACUGUCCUGGUCAUCUGCCCCUUGGCUCAUCUCAUUCUCCCAGUUUGGGAAGUGGGAUACUUGAGCAGAUUUGGGUAAUGGACAGCUGAGCAAAUAAUGUUGGAAGAGAGAUGUGAACUCGAUGGUCUCGUUGGUCUCCCCUCCUCCUGGGAGGGAGCCAUGGAGCCCUCAGAGUGCUGUGGUCCUUCCCUUCCCUUGUUCUCCCUGGGUCUGCCAGGGAAGGGUGACACUCCUGAAGGAGGAUCCUCACCUGGCUGGUGCCAGUUUGGGCAGUGGAAUGGCAGGAAUCUCUCCUCAAUUGCUGUUUGGUCAUUGUUUCCCUUAAUCAGCACCAGAAUGUUGCAUUUGCUCAGUUUGCCUGCUGUGCCUCUUGCCCAGAGGAGCUGAAGAAGGAAACUUGCUUCUCUUCAUUUAGUUGGGAAUAGAUUAAAACCCUUUAAAUAGAUUAAAACCCUGUUGUGGUGCUGCUCCUCUCAUCUCCCUCCGUGUGGGGCUGCUCUGGUGGGAGUAGAGCUGGAUGAGCUGGGGCUGUGCUGGAUUCCUGCCUUUACCUCCCUCAGGUCAGCUCAUACUUUAAACAGAGCAUUCCCACGGAAGUGGAGUCUGGAAUAAAGUCCCUUAAAAUAUUUCAGCCCCUUAAAAUAUUUCAGUUCCUAAUUAGCACUGGUGCCAUGUCCAAACCAUGUGUGGGUAUUUGCAGCAGUGGGGAAUGGAGCCAUCCCUGCCUGGGGAGCUGAGGGGAGGGCAGCUGCACUGGGAGGGAGAAAAUCCAAAAUUAUUUGGAUUUAUUCAAAUCAAGUAACACCAGUGGGUGUUACUUAAGCAAAGUGUUGUGUUUUUUAUACAAAGAAUCUGAGCUUUACUGGUAAUUAUCUUCCUUUCAGAAGGAAAUUAAAAAUGCAGAGACAUUGUGAGCAGUUUGGUGUAGUGGAGGGUGUCCCUGCCUGUGGCAGGGGGUUGGAACUCUAUGGUCCUUAAGGUCCCUUCCAACCCAAACCAUUCCAUGGUUCUGUGAUUUGGAAGUGGUGCCAGUCCCCUGGGAGCACCCUGCCUUCCUCAGCUGGGCUGGGGAGGGCAGGGCAGGGCUGGGUGGCCUGUGUCCAUCUGUCCAUCCUGCAGCUGCACCGUCCCACCCUCUGCUUCCCAACGUGACGGGGUGGGUCGGGUUGCAAGUGAUUAAAUUCUUAUUCUGUAGUUUACCCAAAUCCUGAUGGGAAGCAAGAAUUCAGUCUGUCCAUCUGCCCUGCUCCUUGCUCUGCUCUUUCUCUUCCCUUUUUCUGUCUUUGCUGGCAGGAGAAGUAAGGAGAAAAAAAACCAAAAACAAAAAAGGGAGGUGGCAUGCUAUGAGGAGCAAACAUGAUCUCCUAAAAUAAAACAUGGUCCCUUUUGGCAGUGAAGAUGCUGUCUCGGGGGAGAGCAGCCUGAAUUCCCAGAAGUGUGGCUUUUAAAGGCUCCUAGCUCCCAGCCCUGCAUCUGCCUGUUCCCUCCCUCCCAGAGAUUUCUGAGAAAUCAGGCGUGCAGAUUCCUCCUGAGAGCGAGCAUUAAAGCUGGGAUGGCUCCACGUCUACAGGAACAUCUGGCCAAUAAAGGGAGACCUAAUGAAGCACAGCAGAUGGUGAGAGAAAAUAGCCCUGUCCCUCCUUGGGAGCAGCAGGAGCCAGGGGAUGGGGAC